UAUUACCACUGAGGGCGCAGAGCGCGCUGAUCCGCGCACAGAGAGAAACACGACGGUUGUGCUGGAACGGAUUUAACAAUCUGAUUUCUUUUACAGAAAGAAGGUAAUUUAGGAUUCGGCUGCAAUCUGCUCCAGAUGUUUUUACUUGGAAAGCCCACCCUGUCAUAACGGCGCCAUAUCUUAACUUGGAUGUACUUUUUGAUUUUACCCCAUGGAUUUUUUUAACAAUACAAAUUUUUCAAUCGAUGGCAGCAAUUCAACAACAGCUGAAGAUGGUGCUCUUCACUGUGGUGCCAUCCUACCUGUCAUCUUUGGCAUUAUCUGCUUUCUGGGCAUCAUUGGGAACUGUAUUGUCAUGUACACCAUUAUGAAGAAGACCAAGUGUCGAGCCAAGCAAACAGUUCCAGAUAUCUUUAUCUUAAAUCUGUCAAUUGUUGAUCUUCUGUUUCUCCUCGGGAUGCCAUUUCUCAUUCACCAGUUGCUGGGCAACGGUACCUGGCACUUUGGAGCCGCGAUGUGUACGGUCAUCACUGCGCUCGAUUCCAACAGCCAGAUUGUCAGUACUUAUAUCCUCACUGCAAUGACCUUUGACCGCUAUUUAGCUACUGUGCAUCCCAUUCGCUUCAACUAUGUCCGCACGCCUUGUGUGGCUGUGUUGGUCAUUGGGCUGGUGUGGGUUUUGUCCUUACUCACCAUUAUCCCUGUGUGGAUGUAUGCCGGCCUGAUGCCUCUCCCAGAUGGGCUAGUGGCCUGUGCUCUGCUUCUGCCUGAUCCAGUUACAGAUACAUACUGGUUUACACUUUACCAGUUUUUCUUGGCCUUUGCGAUACCCUUAGUCAUUAUCUGUCGGGUAUUCUUCAAGAUCCUCCAACACAUGUCCACAAGUGUGGCGCCUCUGCCUCCACGGAGUUUGAGAGUGCGCACCAGGAAGGUGACCCGGAUGGCAGUGGCCAUCUGCCUCGCUUUCUUUAUCUGCUGGGCUCCUUUCUAUAUCCUCCAACUGGUGCACCUGGGGGUGCAGAAGCCGAGCAUAGCGUUCUCCUAUGCCUAUAAUAUUGCAAUUAGCAUGGGCUAUGCUAACAGCUGCAUUAACCCAUUUCUCUAUAUCAUGCUAAGUGAGACCUUUAAGAGGCAGUUUCUUAGAGCUGUACGGCCAGCUCAUCGGAAGUUCCGCGUGGUGAACCCGAGCACCACAGAUGGUGGCAGUGUCAGUGUGAGGAUGGUACCUGAACAGGCUCAGCAGGAGCCAGCCUGCAGGGAGAUGAUACCAUCCAACGUGGCUCCAGAAUGACUCCAUGGAUAAAAAUAUCUGUUAUUUCAUUAUUUUGUAUCUAAGCAACUGGUCAUGGGACAGCAGACGAAGAACAAAUUUUCAGAGCAUCUGUGAGGAGCAAUAUUUCAUAUCAGUCCUAAAUGAUCCUUGAUUAAUUACAUGUGCAUUUGCCAAGCACAAUUCUGUUGGUUUACACUGCUGCUGCUGUUGUUGUUGUUGUUGUUGUUGUUGUUGUUUUAAACUCUUACAAGUGUGCUGCUCUUUAUUAAUUAGCAGAAACACAGUUGAUUCAUUUAUUCAAAAAUAGAAACCAGUGUAGUCAGAAAGGGAUAUUUACUGUCAAUAUGUGAACUCAUUGAAACACAUAUUUAAUUAAUAUGAGCUUGCACAUCCAUAGCCAAGGCAAAUAUUAGCUUUCUUAUUUUGUUAUUUUUCUUCUUCAUAUACAAAAGCUGUUCACUUCACCCCCAAGGGGUCACCACAGCAGAUGGAUCAGAAUAUAUUUGGCGCAGAUUUUAUGCCAAAAUGCCUCGUCAUUUAUCUAGACUCGGGACCAGGAGGAGUCCACCAGCUUUUGAUGCCCUGAAAGUGGAUUUAUGUCUCCUGCUGCUCUUGAGCAGGAUUCUUUCAUGUGUUAACCACUACAACUUAGAGCUUCUCAUUCAUAUGAAAACUCAAGUGAUUAAAAAAAAAACCCAUCUAAAAAAAGGUUUUAACCCAGCAGUGAUCACUUUACCUGUUUUCCUCUUUGCCUAUCUUUUACACCAGUUAUUAAUGGUACUUUUGCAUUCAAUACCAUCGUUCCCUCGAAGCUGGACAGGAAACUGCAGGAUCUAGGACU